CGCAAAUAUCCAAAAAGAGGAUUGUUGUGCGUCUUGGGUUUAGUUAUCAAAGAUAUUAUCUUUGCGGCUCUCGUCGGGUAGUUCAAUGAUCACAGGUUCGGGAAUGAGGCAAGCUUCGCGAUCUGGAAAAGAAGCUGUCUGCAAGAUCUUGGAAUAACGGCUGAAGAAUCCUGGCCAAGGUCUGUCAGGGAGUCGACUUUGAGAAACAAAUAAACUCCAAAAAAAUGGCCGGCACAAAACGCGCCCGCUCGCCUUCACCGUCGUUUUCUCAUCUUUAUUCUAACAAGAGGUCGAACCCUGUGAGGGAAGGGCGUGUAGAUCCUGUCUAUGGUCAGCGAAGUGCGCUUCCUGCGGAUGAUGACUCUGUCAGCUUGGAUGAGGACGGACUAGAUGCACUGAGCUAUUUGAGAUCUGUCAGGUGAGAACAUUUUUGUUAUUUCUUAUGGCCGUAUAUGUGCUGAGUUUGGUGUUAGAAUUAGUUGGAAGUAUCGCUAACAUCAACUCGCCAGAGCCGAAGCAGGAGACCUUCCGCUGAUAUUCUACGCUCCAGCAGAGACAAGAAGCCCAAAUGACGGCGGCGAGUACGAUCGAUCUAUAUAUGAAAGUGGCCUAGGCGAUUUCAGAGGAUACUAUGAGGACGGUGCUUAUUUCGCUGCGGCAGAAGUUGAAGAUGACAUAGCAGAUGAGCAAGACGAAGGCCAAGACCCUCAAUUGGCAUAUUUCAACUCUAUCAUAACGCGGUUCGAGAUUCUGCGAGAGCAAAUGCAACAAAUUCCCCCGCCCAAUUUAGUAAAGGAUUUAGAUGUAGAUCAUCCCAUAUAUUUAACUACAUUGAAUACGAAGCUUUGCAGAUGGUGGAGAUGGAAAUUGAAAACAGUUGAUCCUCUACCUGCGCAAGUCGCGAGUAUGGACAAGGAUACAGUUUUGAGGUUGCUAAGGCUCCUUACAAGCGGGACUUUGUUGCAAAAUGGCUCCGAUAUUAAUAUGAAGGUUAGUAGGUGGGCAUGGGCAUUAUUAGCUAGACUACCGGUAAGAGGAGAAUUGAGUAGUGAUGAAAUAGGGGUGGUGAGGGAACUAGGAAAGAAAGCCGUGAUGCUUGGUGUUGGAUUAAAGGCGGGUAAUGGCUUGAAAGAGGAGUUAGAUGAGGUAGAAAAGGUAUUUGACGCCGACAAUGGGUUUGAAAUUGAGGAUAAUGAAAGGCCUCCCAGUCCUGGAGAUGAGAACGUAACAGAUGGAGUCGAAGAUCAUCUGCAGGUGGGACAGUUGAAAGAGAGACUCAAUGGUGCUACGCAGACAUCAGACUUAACAGAAAAAUCCACACCGUCGAUUGCGACGGACAAAUCUACCCCGCAAGAAGAAGCUUCGGGGUCAACACUGGACUCCCAUGAAUUAGAAGCAAUCAAAGCGCGCUUACUCGCCAAUCUCACUUCGAUCCCCUCGAUUGUCGAGGCGACAACAACCUCAGAUCCUCAACCGCCCAAGGAGGGAGAAUAUAUCUCUUCCGCAAUCGAGACGCCAACCUUCAAAUUAGCGCAAACAGCUGACUGGAACACCAGAGCGACAAUUGAUAUGAUAAUCACCAUUGCGGGUGAGAUUUACGGACAAAGGGAUCUGUUGGAGUUUAGAGAAGUAUGGGGUGAGUAGCUACUUCCAGCGUCAAUUUUACAACAGACAAUUAGUUGCGCUAGUCAUUUCACGGUUCGGAAGUCGAAGAACGGGGCAGGAAGAGCACACGGAGCAUUAUCAGAUAGAUGUAGGAAACCAUUUGAGCUUAAUUCUUGCAUUGACUUGU